AUGUUCAGCUCAGGCUCCCAAUAUGGCAGACGCAAUGGAGCUCAGCUAAGGAGCACGACCGGCUGUCUGCCAUGCAAAGCAGGUAAAGUCAAAUGUGGCGAGGAGAAGCCUUGUUGCCGUAGAUGCGUUCGGUUAGGAAGGGAGUGCAAGUACGGCAGCGGUAGUAACAAUGACAAUGACAAUAAUAGUGAUUCCCAGAAUUCCUCUCCCAACUCCGAGGAAGAGAACCUCGUGAAGCUCGAGAAACCUACGGUAGGGUUAAAACUACUGCCAUUAUUCGGAAGAGAUCAGGAUGAAAGACGUGCCUUUGAAUUCUAUUUCCGGUAUGCGGCACCAGCAAUGUCGAAUGUAGUUGACAUGGCAUUCUGGCGCGGCAUCGUUCUUCAACUGUGUCAAACCGAGCCUGCUAUCUGGGACGCGUUGAUUACGAUCAGCUCGUUAUAUGAGAACCCGCAGUAUCGAAUCAGCGCGUAUACACCAUCGAAUAUAUCGGAUCGAUCUACAGUCGAUGACAACCAUCGCCGGACACUCCGAUGGUAUGCGCGGUCAUUAUCCAACGUACGUGAGCAGCUGCAAGAAGGCAAGGCGGAUAUCCACAUAUCGUUGAUUACGUGCAUACUAUAUAUCUGCAUUGAAACAAUGCAGGGACACACUGAAGAUGGAUUGAAGUUAUUUCAACAAGGAAUUAAGUUAGUAACUCAGUUAACGUCACACGAUAACUCGAAUAGAAGAGACCGACGGGCCUUGACGUUUCUGGAAGACGUCACGUUGCCGGUCUAUGAACGACUCAGUAUGGUCUCAACGAUCAUUAUAGGCACUACGAGCCCCUUGAGCACUUCGAUAAUACCGAACUCACCGAGCUCCAGUGACUCGCAUAACAACCACCUUAGCACGAUGUCCGAAGCCUACAUGUCGCUUCACAAGGUUGUCGCGCAGUGUGUCGAGUUCCACGAUAGGGCAACGGAGGUUGUGCGCAGGGGCGGAGCAGAAGUGGAUAAGCAAAUAGAAUAUUUCCACAUGGAAAAAUCACAUCUACAAUCCCGACUCGAUGAUUGGCAACAGGCAUUUGAGAUAUUAGACGAAAUUCAGGCAUUAAGCAAGUCUACAGAAUACAAGGGGCUUGCUGCUCUACUCCGUAUGUGCUGGAGCUGCGCAUCGAUUAUCACCGCAAUUACGCCGUGUCAAGACGAGACCGCCUACGACCAGUACAUGGACCUAUUCGCCGAAAUGGUCAAAGAUGGCGAAACAUGCCUGACAUACACGGCCGUUGCGGACGGGAGCCAGCCCGAGUUUACAUUCGAAAUGGGCGUCGGACUGCCACUCUUCUUCGUGGCUAUGAAAUGCCGCUCUCCACGAAUUCGCCGCGAGGCAAUCCGCCUCCUGCAACGGGCGCCACCUGUGCAGGGGCUAUACAAACUAGCCCGAGCGAUCUUCAUCGUGCGCAAAAUCGUCGAGUGGGAAGAAGGACGCCCGUUUUCGCUUGAUUGUGACGAGGAGGAUGCAAACCGGCUGCCGGAUCAGAAUCAGCGGAUGGGAAUGGUGCUUGCCGUCAGCGAUCAUUUGCCCACGGCGGAAUUACGCUUUCUGAGGAACCGGUGGAAUUCCGGUGCCUGUCGCUGGCAGCUAGUGGAGGAAUCCGUGUCGUUUGGAGCUACGGAGAACAUAACUAUGUAG